ACAGUUCUCACUCGAAUUGAUUCGAUCAUGUAUCGGCUACUCUUUUACCUGCUCAGUGGCUGUCUGCUGCUGCUUUUUGUGGCAGGGGAAUCAUCAUCGGAGGAGCAGUCGUCAGAGGAGAUUGUAAUGGAUACGACAGCCAUUUAUUUGGAGGACUUUCCGGCUGUUUCGGCGGAGCUGAUGGAGCUGGGAGAACCCUCGGUGGAUGAGCAGAAUGUGAUGACAGCACAGAAGAUCAAUUGGAUGCCCGUGUGGCAGGAGCAGGAUCAGGAUAAUGCAAGGGUAGCUCGUCAAGUGAUGGAAGAAUCGAGCACUGAGAGGGAGGUUCUUCCGACUUCCAGCACAGAAAAGGUCUCCCAUACCGCCAAAAGCGAAGUCUCCUCCACAGAGGCGAUCCCUACGGUGAUGGAAACCUCUACCAAGAACAGCCCGGAGGAGCUUUUGAACACUCGGGAUAACAAAGAGUGUCCCAGCACUGCCCAACGUGGACUCACAAAUCUCAUACGCGUGGCACGACCCAUGUUGCCUGCCGCAGAGCUCCGCAACAUCUUCGCCAAUGCCGUAGAGGAUCCUCAGGUGAGGGAUCUUCUGAAGCUGCUAAAGAGCAAUCCCUUCAAGGAACAGGUGGUACUUUUGCGGUCCACCAAGCAGCAUCAGAUGCUGCAGGACUAUAUCUGUCGUCGCCUGAAGCUGGAUCCCGCCUACUACUUCGAUUAUGUGAGGAUUUUCCUCAACAUUCACACCACAGAGGCACCCACCAGCCCUCUGCCCAAUCGUCGCAAAGGAAUACGUGGCCUGCUGCAGGAUGUCCGGGAUGUCCUGCCUCGUACCGCACUGAGGGAUCUCUACUUGCGGAUGUACGCCUCGGAUGCGGAGCUCUCCAAUGCUGUGCGUCUCGUCCGCAGCUUGGAGUUCCGUCGUUUGCUGCAGGAUGUCCGCUCCUUGAAGGAGUAUCUCGGCUUGACUGGGGAUCUGGAGAAGGCGGGUGUGCCCCUGCGACAGAUCCAACAAUUGGUGGCAAGUGCAUUGGGUUGGGCCACCUUGGAUGCCACUUUGGGGGCAGAGACAGUCAUUUUUAGUGACUAAACGGGAGGUGGUUUUUUUUCUUUACUUUUUUCUAUCUUUAUCU